AUGCCAUCUGUUGAUAGAAAUCUUAAGAGCCCCUCUAUUCAAAUUGAGGAAACUGAGGUUGGCGGAAAAUCAACAGGAUCUGCUGUUGGUUUAAAAGCUACUCCUGAGGAGAGUAUCCCUCCACCUAGGGUUGAGUUGAAGAGUAACCCUGAUAUCCCUAGUGUGUUGAAACCAGUUGAAAUUGUGGAGAGUGAUGCUUUGUUUGAAACCCCUGUUGUCCAGUCUCUUAACCUAAUAGAUGUUAAUGUUCAGGAUUGUCCUGAGCUCAGUAUUCCUCAGACUAAACAGAGAGGUUUUGUGAGGAAACCUAGAGUGAAUCCCUCUAUAAGGAUAGAGGAGAUGCAGGUUGACCAAAAAUGUUUAACCCUCAAACAUAUUGAGGGGGGAUCUAAUUUAAAGAGAGGUUUUUAG